CUUUUGCUCGGCGAUCGUUUUAUUAAACGUCUAUUGAUACUGGAAGCACGAACAUAACCUCAAUAAUGAACGUUCAAAUUAAAAAGCAAAAUAAUUCAACAAUAAACGAAGAUGAAUUGAUAAAUUUAUCAAAAGAGGAACUGGUAUCAAAAAUAAAAGCUCUAACAGCACAUAACUUCCAAUUAAAAAGUAUAAUAGCUAAAUCAGAGAUUACCAAAGCACCAAAAAGAAACAAUAAACCCUUUAACUUCGCUAAAUGCACCUUUAGAAAAGUACUUUUAAAAAUUUUAUAUUUAGGAUGGGAUUAUCAAGGUUAUGUUGUACAAGAAGAUACAACAAAUACAAUUGAACAUCAUUUAUUUGAAGCUUUAAUUAAAACUUGUUUGAUUAAAUCAAGACAAGAAUCAGAUUAUCAUCGGUGUGGGAGAACUGAUAAAGGUGUUAGUUCUUACGGACAAGUAAUUUCAAUAAAUUUAAGAAGUAAACUAUUAAAUAAUGACCAAGACAAUAUAAAAGAAGAAUUAGAUUAUUGUACAAUGUUGAAUCGAGUUUUACCCUGUAAUAUACAAUGUAUAGCUUGGAGCCCUAUUUUAAACGAAUUUAGUGCUCGAUUUGAUUGUAAAAGUCGCGUUUAUAAAUACUUUUUUUUUAAAGGAGAACUUGAUAUUGAAAAGAUGAGGAUAGGUUCUAAUCAUCUUUUGGGGGAUCAUGAUUUUAGAAAUUUUUGUAAAAUGGAUGUAGGUAAUGGGGUUACUCAAUUUAAUAGAAAUAUUACAAAGAUUAACAUUGAUUUAUUUCAUAAAUGGGGUUCUAACAAAGAAGAUUAUGAUAGUUAUGUUAUUACAAUUGAAGGACAAGCUUUUUUAUGGCAUCAAAUAAGGUGCAUAAUGGGGAUAUUGUUUUUAAUUGGUCAAAAUCGCGAGUUACCUGAAAUUGUUAAAGAAUUAUUAGAUGUAGAUCAAAACCCAAGAAAACCUGAAUAUAAUAUGGCGAGUGAAAUUCCUCUAAAUUUAUUUGAAUGUAAUUACGACGACGAAAAUAUUAUUUGGAAUUAUAGUGAAAUCUCUUUAAAUAUGGUUUUAGAGAAUUUAAAGAAAAAAUUGACUUAUUCAUCUAUAAAAACCAAUAUGUUAAUGUACAUGAUUAAUGAUUUAGAACAAAAAGGUUUUGGUGAGAAAAAGAAAACGUAUUUUUCUGAUUUUUUGUUGCAAGGGAUUAAAGCAAAAAAUUACGUUCCUGUUAUGAAAAGGCAAAAAUGUGAUAGUUUGGAAGACAAAAUAAAGCAUUACACAAAAAGGAAAAGAAUUGAAAUAAACAAUCAAUAAACUUUUUUCUUUUCGUUAAU